ACCCGCACACUUGAAAAUGGUUUUCGUCGUAUUUCACUCUUAUCAAUUAUUAGUUUAAUAACAAAAAUUAGUGAAAAAUUUGCCAUGAGAAGACUUUUAAUUCACAAUUACCUGCUGCAGUUUGUGUUUGUGCUGAAUUUUCUAUGAAUGAACUCAUUGGAUAUGUUUUUCUCGAUGUCUGCUUACAAGCCGAAUACGUGCAGUUUUAAAAGUUAACAUUUUUAACUUUUGAGUUACUUUAGCAGAAAUGUCAAUUUUUUCAGUGACUGUCUUCUAGUUCUACAUUCCACUUUUUACUCGUAACGGUCAACUUAUCUAAUCACCUAAUUUUAAUCAAGAUGGACAUGCACUCUGAUAAAUUGCGCCAGCAGUUUGAAGGCCAGCUAUACAAGUAUACUAAUGUAAUGAAAGGAUGGCAGCAUCGUUGGUUUGUCUUGGAUCCUGAAAUGGGGACAUUGAGCUAUUUUCUGAGUGAUUCUGACCACAAGUCUAGGGUGAGAGGCUCUAUUCACUUGGCCGCAGCUGUAAUUUCUCCUAGUGAUGAAGAUUCAAAUACUUUUACGGUCAACUCAACCAGUGGAGAGCUUUUCAAGCUACGAGCUGGUGACGCUCGAGCUAGACAAGACUGGGUUAAUAGAUUGCGAGCUGUUGCUGAGAUGCAUACCAUAGCGAUUGCUCAGAGCAAUCCCCCUUUACCUCCUAGGGAGCAUCAUACACUAGGUACAUCAUCAGCAACUCCAAACCCAUUGGUUCAUUGCACAAUGGCACUUCUAGAUGCAUUCAGUAUGGUACGUGAUCAUCUUCAAAAGGCAGAGCAUUGCAACUCUCUUCUAGUUCGUGCUGUUGAAGACUUGCCAGUUUCAGGUCCAGGUAUGCAUAGUUCUGACGCAGACCUUCUAGUCUUGAAGGCUACAACAAGUGCCACAUUGCAGUGCUUGGGUCACUGCCUCUCUAUAUUGCAACAACAGCAAUUGGCCCCUCCUUCUACCCCUGCGCUACCACCAGUUCCUACAGUUCCUGGGUCAUCUCAGUCAUUAUCUAGCACUGGAAAACCACCUCUUACUAAAAAGAAUUCCCUUCCAUCUCAUACGCCCGCCUCACCCUCUCAUUUUGAAGGGAAAAAAAGUGCUAGUGAACGUCACCAUCAACCUCCAUCAGCUACCCAACUUGCAGCACGGCGUAGCGACCCAACCAAUAGAGUAGCGCCUGUCGAGUUUGCUAAAGUAGAUGGAAAUUACUCAAGCCCUUGUGAAAGAGAUGACACAAGACUAAAAGAAAAGGAACAAGAAGACCAAAUGAAGUUAAAAGGAAAGGUGCAAGAAAAUGAGCAUCAGGAAGAAGAUGAGCAAGUGACUGAUGAGGAGGAUGUGCGUGCUGGUGGUGGAGGAACUGGGAGGACAUUCCAAGCUGAAGAAAACAAGUCUGUCAUAUUACAUUUAUUGUCCCAAUUAAAGUUAGGUAUGGAUCUCACUAAAGUGGUUCUGCCAACAUUUAUAUUAGAGAGACGUUCUCUUCUUGAGAUGUUUGCUGACUGUCUGGGUCACCCAAACUUAUUUUUAAAGAUAAUGGAAAGUUCUACUCCAGAGAUGAGAAUGAUGGCUGUAGUUGAGUGGUACCUCACCUCAUUGCAUAUUGGAAGAGAUUGUUCAAUUGCCAAAAAACCCUACAAUCCAAUUAUUGGUGAAACAUUUCAUUGUUCUUGGAGAGUACAAGAACCAGAUAAUAAGGCAGAUUUUGUCCACUACACAGCAGAGCAGGUCUCACACCAUCCACCUGUAACUGCAUUCUAUGCAGAAUGUCCAAGUCGUAACAUGUGCUUAAAUGCUUCAAUUUGGACCAAAAGUAAUUUUUCUGGAAUGUCCGUUGGUGUUGCAAUGGUUGGAGAGGUGAAUCUUCUGUUGGGAGACAUAGGAGAACGUUAUGAUUUCACUUUACCAUCUGCUUAUGCUCGCUCAAUCAUAUCAGUGCCUUGGAUUGAAUUAGGAGGCAAAGUGGUAAUAAACUGUCCUACCACAGGGUACUCAGCCAACAUAAUCUUCCACACAAAGCCUUUCUAUGGUGGUAAAGUUCACCAAGUAACUGGGGAAGUAAAAAACGACGUUGGAAUAAGUACUUGCAAAAUUCAAGGAGAAUGGAACUCUUCAUUUGAAUUUAUUUAUCCUGGUGGGAACACAAAAGUCAUUGAUGUAACAAGAUUACCUGUUAUCCGCAAGAGGGUAAGACCUGUUUCUAAGCAGGGUAAUAUGGAGUCCCGUCGAUUGUGGUAUGAGGUUACCAAUGCACUUGCAGAAAAUGAUAUCUCAAGAGCAACAGACCACAAGAGGAGUCUGGAGGAACAGCAGCGAGCUGGAGAGAAACAUCGCGCUUCUACUGGAACAUCAUUCCCAACAAGGUACUUUCAUCGCACAGGGGACGAUUCAUGGAUGUACAACAAUAUGUUGGUUUCAGUUUAAUGUGGGGUCUUAUUGUAUCAAUUGUGAAAAAUAAAGUUUUUCUUGUUUUUGUUGUAA